ACUAGUUAAAACUAGGGCCUCGAAGAUAAAAAUGUGAUACACUUCUAUAAGCUACUGUGUUUUACCAAACUUUGUUCUCGCAAAAUUUUCCCACAUAACUUAAUCGUCACAGUGUAUAACAAUUAAUGACUAACACACCCGGUUAAUUAACAUAUAAUUAAACGAGUUUUAAUUCAUAAAGUGCCUUUUAACUGCAGUUAAACUGCGAAGAUUCGUACUGAAGUGUAUUAUGGUGACUCAUCCGGAAACUUGUACUUUACAAACUUUGUAGUUAGUUUUGUGAUGUGAAAAUGUUUAAAAGUUAUUUAUUAACGUUGUUUCUUUAUGCUAGUGUUGAGUGUCAGUCGAAUAAAGAUCUGUAUAAUGGUCAAGUGAACAAUGAAUUUUAUAGUUCGCGAGAACAAAGUUCUAGGUCUUCAAGACUUCCAAGCCCGGGAGAUAGUGACUACAGGACCUAUGUGUACAAUAACAGGAGAUAUGGGACGGACCCCUCAAGAUAUAACCCAUACAAUCCUAAUAUAAACCAGCCCGGAGGGUUCCCGUACAAUCCCAUCAAUACAAAUCCUUUGGAUGACCAGUUUAAGUAUAAUAUUAACCGAGAUCCAAAUAACCCAGAUGCAUUGUUUCCCGGAGUACUCGGGGGCUGGAGGGAGGACUUACAAGGAAGGGAGAGGAGGGACUCCCGGCAGCUGAAGAGAGAUGUAUUUGUUACUACUAACUAUGGACAAGUGCAAGGGUUUAAGGUGUAUCUAUAUGAUAAUCCAGACCCAGACUCAGGGUACCGACCCUGGCUAUCACCAGUGGAGAGGAUACAAGGAGAAGUGUCAGUGUUCUUGGGCAUACCUUAUGCUAGACCACCUGUUUUGGAAGGUAGAUUUAAGCCUCCGCGACAACACCCAGGCUGGCAGCUGAUGCAGGCAGUAGACUGGGGUCCCGCCUGUCCACAGCCCGUGCGCUUCACUGGAGCCACUAAAGGCAUUAGAGAUAUGGACGAAGAUUGUUUGUACUUGAACAUAUUCUCUCCUAAUACAGAAGCCGGCUCCACAGCACAGCGCUACCCAGUCAUGGUGUACAUUCAUGGCGGGCAGUACACCUCCGGGGCAUCGAACCUGUUCCCCGCGCAUAUGAUGGCCGCCUUCUACAAUGUUAUUGUGGUCUCUAUCAACUAUAGACUCGGGGCUCUUGGUUUCCUCUCAACCGGCGACGAGAACUCCCCCGGCAACUACGGCAUCCUCGACCAAGCGAUGGCUCUCCGCUGGGUGUACGACAACAUCACGCCAUUCAACGGUGACCGCUCAUCCAUCACGCUGUUCGGGCCAGGAGCCGGAGCUGCCUCCGCUGGUCUGCUGGCUAUAGCUCCUCAAACUAGGGAUAUUGUCACUAGAGUUAUUGCUCAGAGUGGCUCAGCCCUAGCAGACUGGGCGAUGAUAGAAGACAAGUUCAGGGUACAGAACACGUCGCUGGUGUUUGGGCGGCUGCUGGGCUGUCCCAUCGACUCCUCGUGGAAGCUCGUCAACUGUCUCCGGCAGGGAAGGAGCUUCUAUGAGCUGGGGAAUGCUGAGUUUCAGCCGCACGUAGGCUUCAUGCCGUGGGGUCCAGUACUAGAGAACAACUUCACGUUCCCCGGAGACGAGUGGUACGACGGGUGGCGGGAGAGGGACUGGCACUUCCUGCAUACCAUGCCGGAGGAACUUAUCAAGCUGAGGCAGUUUAACCCUUCCCUGAGGUACAUGACGGGAGUCACCACGCAGGAAGCGGCUUAUUAUUUGUAUACGAACAACUCCUUAGCUCCUAACUACGAGAUAUCAGAACCUUGGUUCAACCAGAAGGUCUCCGAGCUGGUACAAAGGUACAACUACACAUUGAACCCUAGAGGAGUGUACGAGGCUAUCCGGUACAUGUACACUUAUCACCCGGAACCGCAUAACGUCAGUGCUAUUAGAGACCAGUAUAUACAUCUACUCUCAGAUUUCCUAUACCGGGCACCAACAGACAAGAUGGUGAAACUUCUUCUAGAACAAAACGUGCCCGUCUAUAUGUAUGUUCUCAACACCACCGUCGAAGCCUUCAGGUGGCCCGAAUGGAGAAGAUAUGCUCAUGAUACGGAACAUUACUUCUUGACUGGGGCACCCUUCAUGGACCAGGAGUUCUUCCCGGUGAAGCAGAGGAUUGACAAUCAGGUGUGGACGAACAAUGAUAGGAAUAUGAGCCAUUUCUUUAUGAAGACUUAUGCUGAUUUUGCUAGGUUUGGCAACCCCACCCGGUCUCGGAUCCUAGGCCUCCACUUCGAAGUAGCCCAAGCAGGUCAACUGCGCUACCUGAACCUCAACACGACGUACAACUCCAGCAUACAGCUGAACUACAGGCAGACUGAACUCGCCUUCUGGACUAUGUACCUGCCCACUGUUAUAGGCAGGCUUGUGCCCACAUACCCGCCUAUUACUGAGUAUUGGUGGGAACCAAAGCAGCCUCUACAAAUCGCGUUCUGGUCCGUUUCAAGCGCUUGCCUGGUACUCAUUGUACUAUUAGUCGUUUGCUGUAUGUUGUGGCGAAACGCUAAAAGGGAAACAGACCGUUAUUACGACGGGGAUAUAUUCAUGGUGCCGGAAGUGGAAGAGAGCGGCAUAGACAACAACACGCGGUCCAGAGACAACAUCUACGAGUAUAGAGACGUGCCCAUCAAGAAACCUCAUACGCCACAACCUAUUAGUAGGACUAUAAGUCAACCAGCGACGCUGCAAUCGUCCCGGCCUCCCUCAGAAGCGUCGACGGGCUCCGCGCUCUCGCUCAGGGACUCCGUGUCCCGCGUCCCCGAGCCGCUGCCCCGGGCCAGGUCUAGGACUCAGAUCGUACAUGGCAUACCACAGACUACUGUUUAGAAUAGAGGACUAGUGAUGGUAAGAUUUAUUUUUAUCGAUAUCGAUAAAUGUUGUUUAUGUAACAUCGAUCUCUGACACUAAUAUGAAUUGAAAAUGGCAGCUAUAAUGUAACUUGGUACACGAGAUGUAUGCACGAUUGAAUUGAUAGCUUCCUUCUUUUUGGGAAGACAGUUUUGUGUGUGCCUUUAUUGGUAAAUAAAAUGUUCCGAGACGUAUCUUAUCGUAUUUGAGUGUGGCCUUAUUCUUUAGGUAUAUCUAUAGUUAUAAUGUGUGAACCGACAUUAUCCAUUAUUAUAUUUUUACAGAGUUUAAGUUACAAAUCAUUCCGUCGAUGCAACAAAGUUGCCAUGUAUACAAAUUCUACGUAAGAUUGUGUAUUUUAUAGUUUUUUAGUUUAUAUUAUUUUGACAUUCCUGACCACCGUAAUGUUCAAGACACUAAUUAAAGUUAUUUUAAGAUUAAUUAAGAAUUAGCAGCUUUAAAAUUUUAUAACAAAAAAUAUAAUACAAUCAUUAAGUAUUAGAAAUAUGAAGCAGCUUUUUCUAUUUUAUGUAUAUCUAUUUUUCACAGUAUUUAUACAAAUUAAAAAUAUAAUUGCUUUUUACAGUAUUUGAAGUAUUUAAUAUAAAUAUACACCAAUAAUGUAUAUUGCUUGAAGCACUAUGAUACAUAUGUAUUUGUAUUGUUUUUGAUACAUUUGAAGUAAGUAGAAAUUUAAAUAUAGAUUGCACAAGUUUACCCUAAAAUAAUGAACACUUCCUACAAUUUCUAUCUAAGAUGCCAUUUACCACAUUUCAUGUAGACUGAAUUAAUUUAAGUCAAUAUACUUACAUACUUUGUCUGAAUAGGUUGUGUUCUACUUGCAAAACAAAAUAAACUUAAAAAUUUAUUAUUUAAUGAAAGAUUUCGCUACAAUUCGAACAAAUUUCUUAAUGCUGGUUAGUUUUAUGACCAGCGCGAUACAUUGUUACCUUAAAGGUGUAAAUUAUUAUUUUAUUUCCUUUAUACAUAUAAGUAUUUUGUAUUAAGUCAUUAUUAAGAUACAUGUUUUGUAUUAAAAUAAGGUGGAUACUGCACAGUUUUACACAGAGGCAGUAAAUAGUACAUACUUACAGUACAAAUAUGUACGAUAUGUUCAAAGAUACAAACAUCCGAAUUGAGACUCAACUGUUUUGAAAGUCGGUUAGAACUAUGGGCAUUUCGUUUUAAAUUUUUCAUGUUGCUAAAUACUAACUACUAACUUCUAUACAUAUAAUCAUAUAUUUUUAACACCUUCGAUUUCUCAAAAUAUACAUAUUCUUACUAUAAUGUAAAAGCUGCAGUAUCACCUUUAAAUAUAAUUAGCAAUAAGUAUAAAUGUUUGUGAUUGUAUUGUCCGUCCAUCUCCAAGUGCAAUUGUCUACUUAUGUGCCUCGAUCUUAAGGUUUUUGAUACUAAAUAUAUUUAUUAUAAUUAAGUAUGUAUUAACAUGGCACCGAACGAAUAAUGCUGUGUAUAAAUUGAAAUAAAAUUAAUGAAAUAAUGCAAAAAA